AUGGAGAAACUUGCUGAGUUCCACAAGAAGGAAAUGGUUCAUGCGACAGUUGUGGCUUGUGGCUUGUUCGUUGUUCUUGCCGCCAGGGAUUCAGCAUCAUUUCUCUCCUCUAACCUGUUGAUCCAUUAUGGAGAAAAAGUAAGAUUUCUAUCUUAAUUAUUCUUCAACAUGUAUUAUUUUUAAAUAAUGCAAGAGAUAUGCAGAAUAACGAGUAGUACAAAAAGUUUAAUAUAUAAGGAAACUGAUUGAGAAAGCUGACAUAUUUGGAAUAAACUUGCCAUUGGUCCACCCACGUAGAGUCUCGGUGCAUGCCUUGCACACCAUGUGUGGGGCCCAAGCUUUAUCCUGGUCAUCAAGUUUAAUACCAAAAUAAGCGUGGUAAGCAACUUUAUGCUUUGCCGCACCAAUUUAUGGAAGAUUUCGAGGUUUUAUGAUUUCAAACUGAUCCCUUUUCGACAUAAUCACCCAGAACUAUUGGACCUGAAUACUUCUUGUCAUUAAAAUAAUCAUUUCCAAUCAAAACAAUUAUUCGACAUGGUAUUUUACCCCCACCAACUUCUUCUAAAAUGCUCCACACAAGCGUACAUGUGAACAAAAACGUAAAAAAACAACAUGUGGCCAUAGCUCAAAAACUUGACCUGAUUGAACAAAACCAAUGUGAUUUUUGGAUUCAGCGCAUCAGAUUCGUCCUAAAUCAACUGAAAAAACACAGACAACAAAUUUGUUGUUGACCAGUGAUUGUACAGGCAGUCAUUGUGCCUAGGAUUAUUACCCCUAACUACACCACACACGGAACAAUUAACAAAGGACCUUGGACUUUAUUACCCCUAACUACACCACACACGGAACAAUUAACAAAGGACCUUGGACUUAUUUGUAAACGGACCUGAAAUUUAACAGAGUAAAAGUCAAGUGAAAGAAAUCGGGAAGUCUCAAAAGCAAAGCUUUCUAUAUUCUGACCUCCUAAACCACACCUUAACCAUAGCUCCCUCUCUUUCCCUCAGUAGCAGCAAUGCUUAGCUUUGGAAAGCCAAGUGUGCAAUGCUGUCCUGCCAGCCUCUGCUGAUUUUCAUCAUCAUCAUCAUCAUCAUCAUCAUAGCUGUCUGCUGCCUUCCCAUAGUUGAAAGUAUGCUCAAGGCAGCUUACCACAUAAAAAGAUUUACAUAAUUAGAAACAUAACAAAAGUCAUAAACAGUAAAUAAAACACAUCAAAAAGUACACAACCAAACCAAGCAAUUUCCACAUAAGUUAUAAGUUACAAGUUAUGUUCAGAUUUUUAUUUAGGUUGUAAGUUAUGUUCUUUGUUUCUGCAGAUAAAAUCAAUAAAAUAUAAAUUAAAAAGAACAAAUCGGUCUACUGCUUAAUGGUAGAAAUGACAGUUUAAGGCUGGAGUUGCCUUUUUUGGCCUUUUCUUUCAGCUCUCUCAAGACCCAGCCUUGCUAUAUAGUUUAUCUUUCUUAUCGGGCCUCAUCGGCCAUUUUAGUCCCAGGCUUUCUGUAUAGUGUAUCUCUAUAAUGAGGUCCAGCUCUAGGUUUGAUUAGUCAUGGCUCCCUAUAAAUGAAAGGGGGCCCUAGGGCAAAAAAUUGUAAAGGCUCCUCUUGAUCCUAAACACCCUGUUUUCUGUUUCCUAAGAUGAAGAAGAAAAGGCUCAUGGAUUGGCCAUUUCAGCACCCCUGUCUGCCCCCCUCGAAAGAUCUUCUCUGGCUCCCUCAGCCUCGUGCUCUGCUCCCUCAGCAGACCAGUGCUAGGAAAGAAGGUACACCCAAGCAAAAGGAGGCUAACAAGUGGAUUGUCAAUUUAAUGCUAGCUCACUUGAAUACCUUGGAGCAGGCAUCCCCAAACUCGGCCCUCCAGCUCUUUUGGGACUACAACUCCCAUCACCCCUAGCUAACAGGACCAGUGGUCAGGGAUGAUGGGAAUUGUAGUCCCAAAACAGCUGGAGGGCCAAGUUUGGGGAUGCCUGCCUUGGAGGCCAGACCCAGCAGGAACCCUCUGGUUGUACUAGCCACUCAGGCAAGGAUCAAUCCAGUUUUCAUUUCCCGAUGGAAACAGUGCUUUGCCUGGGGAUGGGGUUCUUCAACUGCAGCAGUCGUCUCCGCUCGCUGCAUGUGAGCAGGUCUGGCAGCCAUAAUGGUUCCCUCUGGGGUCAAUACUCGACCACCUGUGCAUCUGGUGUCGGAGCAGACAUCCUGAGGUGGCGUCUUCAGCUGCUGCUCUUUGUGACUCUUAGUCUGGAGUUGGGGCAAUGCCCUUUGGAGAACCUUUGCCCCCCAUGGCUUUUUGUUUUUUUGCUUCCUUCUGCCAUUUUGGUGACGGGAUUAUGUGAGUUUAUUUUCAUUGCUCUUUCGAGAGCACGCUAAAAAUACAAAGAAAUGAUAAAGAAAUGAUAAAGAAAUGAUAAAGAAAAAGGAUACAAAGAAACAUUGCUGUUUCCAACUCUCUCACAGUACUAGAUUUAAAUAAGACAAACAUAUCUUGUUGCCAUGUGAACUUUGUGUGACACACUAUCUUCUCAGUUCUUUAUUCCAUAGUGGGCGUACCUCCACCGUCACUCUUACCAUGGAUCUCAGCCAUUCCCUUUUCAGCUGGCAUCAACACCUGUGAACCUCACAAGCAUAUGCAAGGUUUUUUUCAGUAUAUGCCAGCACAUAACUUUCAUGUCUAG